AGAAAAUACUGGCAUCAGCCAUUUGGCUGUCAAAAAUAGGUAUUGAAACAGCCUUCCUGAAUUUUCUGUGGCUCCAUCUCUGAUUUCGGACACUCAGCUUUGCCUGCGUGCCGCUUUCCAGAGACUGAAGCGUCUGUGGUCAAGAUAGGAAAUCUGUAACUCAGCAGAAGCGCUGGUGAAGGAAGGACUCUGCCGGAGCCGCUCGGGCGGAGGGUGGGGGUGCGGGGUGCCGCAAGGUGGCACAGGGCGGUACACGCACUGCUCUGCUCAGCCCAGGGCGCUUCUCGGCCGGAGGCGCCAGCGGGACGGCGAGGGGCUGGGCGGUGAGGGGCUGGGUAGGCGGGAUCUUCCUUGCGCCCCGCCCUGCCCGCCUGCUGCCGCCACUCUUCUUGCCGCGGGCGACGGGGGCAGAAGGGGGCGAAGCAGCGUCCGUCGCCCUUCUGCCCGGGGGCCCGCAGCCGGCGGCACGCUGAGGUUUCCAUACUUGUUGUGGUUCUUCGGAUUUGUUCUUUUCUUGAAAUGGUAGGACUAGGAAACAGCUGUCGCGGGAUGAAGUCUUCACCACUCCUCAUGGCUGUGCUCAUGGCAUGCAUAAUUGUUUUGGGUUUCAAUUACUGGGUUGCAAGUUCUCGCAGCAUGGAUUUGCAGGGUCGAGUCAUGGAUCUGGAAGUCAAAGUCCGCAGGGCGGCAGCGGAGAGGGGUGCUGUGGAGCAAAAAAAGAAUGAAUUCCAAGGGGAGCUAGAGAAGCAGCGACAGCAGAUUGACAAAAUCCAGUCCUUGCACAGCUUUCAGAUGGAAAAUGCCAACAGAGUACAUCAGGAAGAGAAGGCAAUGCUGAUGAGUAACAUCACAGUAAAUGAUCGAUUGAUUCAGAGUUUACGAGAACACUUGAAAGAGUUACAGAUGGAAUAUGGAAAGCUACAGCUGGAUGUUUACUCGUUUCAGAAGAACCAGACUAACCUUCAGAGGAAGUUCUCAUAUGAUCUGUCACAGUGCAUCAACCAGAUGAAAGAAUUAAAAGAACAAUGUGAAGAAAGGAUAGAUGAGCUUAGAAAAAAGAGUAGUGAUGUACCACCAAUCAAAGAAAACAAAGACUUCACAGAAGAUAGCCAGGUUGAUACUCAACUGCCAGCCUUGAAGCAAACAAGGUUCCAGCAGGCUGACUUGGAACAGCAGAAAACCAAUGAAGAUGUUGCUAAAGCAGUACCUACAGUAAGAAAGACAGACCUGAUGCAGAAUAAAGAAAGAACAGACAGCCUAACUGACAUCAGAAAACAGGAGCCUAAGGCAGAAGAGGAGCAGCUUUCUAGUCAGUUGGAAAAACCUCAAGAGUCACUCAAGACUGCUGCAGGUCACAAGGAGAUGCUGCCUGUGUCAGAGAAGGAGCCAAAUCCACCUGAGGAUGAGAAACAUGUAGCUGGGCAAGAUAUGUCAGAGCAGGCUGCCAGUGAGGAAGUUGAGAGAGAACAGUUCCUAAAUUACGAUGAUAAGCAGGAUGACUUGCCCCCUGGAAAGGCUGACAAACAGGAACGUGAAGCAGUUAACCAGGACAAGGAUGUUGAUUACAAUUUAGAUAUGAAUGAAGCUGAAUCGGAAACUGACAAGCAAGCAGCACUUUCUGGGAUUGAAAAUGUUCAAAACCACAAAGAUACGAAAAACCACUUACCUGAAAAUGGUGAAGGACGACAGAAGUUGUGAACAAAGGAAGUUCAUGAUACAACUGAGUCACCUGUUCUUCCAAAUGCAACAAUGAUCCAAGCAAAGUGAUCUUAGAAGAUUUUGAUUAUCUUCUAAAGGCUUGACUAAGAGGCCAAAUGAAGUAGUAUUUUCUUGUGAACUUUUUAGUACUGUUGCAGUGAGGAAAAGAGGGUAAAUCUCUGGAGGCUUGUUUCAAAGCAGUUUGGCCUCUGCAAUGACUUUCUCCUUCCUAUCAAUUACAGAAUUGCAAUCAGGUAGCAAUAAAGUUAGCUACCUUGUAUAGUCAUACUGCAGUAAGCGUGUAUGUGGAUUGGUGGCAGGCCUCUGCCAAGCAUGGAUCUCUGCUGAGCAAUGCAUAGUAGAGAAAUCCCCAGCUCAAUUUUAGGAAUUUAAGAAGGGGCUGUGUUACUGUUACAAAACAAAGGAAGGAUGAAAACCAGUUCAUGCUGCAAUCUAGUGUCUGUUCUGGCACUUUUUUACUGCAACACAGACUGAGAAAGCACAACUGUAGUCCUCAGAUACUGUGCAGAAUGAUAUAUGUACCUAGGCCUCUAAAUUAAAUUCCUAGAUUACACUGUCGAGAUAUGUUUAGUUUCAAAGUUAAAAAAAAACCAACUUCUGACAACAGAAGCUUCUUGCUAAGAGAUUAGCCAGGAAGAUUUUUCUGAAAGUUUUGUUGGAUUCCACAAGGUCAGUACUACCUGGCACAAGUUUAGUGUAAAAAUUCAAACUCAUAAACUUUUCAUGACAGCAGACCUCUGAAAUGGUGUACUACAACUACCCUUUAUGCCACCCAGCCACUAUCUUUUGCGAAAACAGAUGAAUGCAAAUGCUUGCCUUGUACAACAGCAAUCUCAGCUGUUCAACGUGACUAAUCUUCUCUGCCAGACUUCUGACAGAGGUAACCAGACUAUGCAUUUAGAAGACAAGGCAGUGUCUUCCACAGGUGAAGCCGUAGUUGUUGUGAAGUGUAUGUUGAUCACAAUGUAUCAUCUUGUUAAUAUUCUGCAGUCUUUUCUGUAACUUGUUAAAUGUAAACUAAAAACUAUUUUACUUCAUGUGAGGUAGAAAUACCUUCUACUUACCACAAAGGCACCCUUAACUGCAGUCCAACCACCAUGUAUAGCCAGCUGGUUUGAAGAAAUUUUAUAUUUGUGUCUGCUCCCAAGACCAACACCCGUGUUUGGAGGGAGCAUUGUUUGAGAGUAAGAGCCAACCCCUCUUCAAGACUGCACAGCAGCCAGACAGCUGUGACUAACUUGCCAAUCAGCAUUCCACUUAAGAAAACACAAAUUUGUCUUUGCUUUCUGUUAAAGCACUUCACUUUGUAACUCCUUUCUUGGUGUGUCAUUCUUCAGUGUACUACUUUAUAGCUCCUGUACCAUAAGAUAAGGCUGGCUCUUCUGUGUAUGAGAAGAGUGUUAGUUGUCAUCAACUGACAGUCAGAGUUUAAGUCAAAAGAUGCCUAUUAAGCCUAAACACAGAAACAGUUCACUAAGAGUUUUUCACCAUUUAAGUAAGAUCUAACUGGUCUGGGCUACUACAGUCAAGACAGUAGGAAAAACAUGCUUGUGAAGAGGAGGGAAGAGGAAUGAGCAUCUGUUCUGACAAGUAUUGGGAAACUCAGGUAAUAGGGAUUUUUUUUGCUAAUAAUGACAUGUUUCAACAUCAAAGUAUUUACCCAUAAUUUGGAUAAAAAUAUUUACCCAUCUUUUGAGCAUUUUCCUAGGACUUAAUCAGUAAACAAAUAUGCAGCUGAGAUUUAAGUUGAUUGGGAAUUUAAUAUUGAUUGUUAAAAAGCAUAUAUUCUAACAGUAAAAAAUAGACAGUGAAACACUAUAUUCAGGUUGAAUGAACAGCUUUACCAAUAUCAAGUUAAAAAUUCCAAAGAAUCAAACACUUAAGGGUAUUUAAAUAUUGCUAGAGGAUUAUUUUAAUAGUUUUGGCUACGCUUCUGUACAUUUUUGGGCUUCUUCUUGCCAACUGGAUGUUGUCCUCUGUAAAUAUGACCACCUCUCUACAAAGCACACUUGUAAAGCUCUGAGGGCAAAGGGUCUGAAAACAUGCAUAAGAACAAUGUUCAAAAUGAAGGACUACAGUUUUAUUCACAAUAACUUCAAGUGCUUCAGUCUAACUCGUGUGGUAGAUUUCUAGCAUACAAGAGGCCUGUAUGUCUAGUGUACAGAAUUUUAGAAGACCUUUAGUUGAACACGAGAUUAAUCUGGAACUGUGGCGUACAUAGUGUUGUCUCUCACUAAAGUUUUUAGUUGUGUGAGGCAUUACUUCUUUUCUCUAAUCAUCUUGGUGUUAAUUAGCACUUUGGUUUGGUUUUCUUUACAACUAAACUUGAUCCAUUUUAGGUAAGCAUUUAAAAGUAAAAGCAUUUAAAAGAA